AUGGAAUGUAAUAGCGUGCUGGGUCAGAAAUCAUAUAAUAUGAAAGAAAUAUUUGCGAGAUAUGGUAUUCCUAGCGUUUUGAUAACUGAUAAUGGCACGCAGUAUUAUAGUAGAGAAUUUAAAAAGUUUGCUUUUGAAUGGAGAUUUGAUCACGUUACUUCUUCUCCGAACUAUGCACAAUCGAAUGGGAAAAGUGAACGCACGGUGCAAACUAUUAAAAAUAUCUUAAGAAAAUCGCUCUCAAUGUCUUUUGGACUUCGGUUAUCACCAACUACGACUUCAACACUCGCCCCAACUACUUCACCGACCCAGGCUCCAACCAUCAGCCAAGAACUGCCAACAGGACUACCUCCACAAAUAUGUGCUGAUGCCAAUAGCCUCACUACGCCUCUUGGAAAAUUACGAACUGCAAUGCGAAAUACAAGUUAUACACAAAUGAACGCCUUCUUCGAUGCCUUCCUUGUGUUUUACAGUGAUGAACAUUUGAGCGAAGAACCGUCUCCUGAAGAACGGCGUCUAGAAUACAUCAGUGGGUGGGAAGGAGUAGGUACCGCGGCCAUACUUGCAGACGGUGGAGCAGCAAUUUGGGUUCCAGCAGGUGACGUGCGUCGUGCUCGCGCCUUGCUCUCCUGCGCAUGGCUAGUGAUCGACGGAGACGAUCCUAGUCAGCCUACAAUCAUCGAAUGGAUUUCUGAACGUCCAGGACGUAAUGGUCGUAUUGGUGGAGACGCAAGACUUACCUCUGUCGGUGAAUGGCAAAUGCUGUCUGCAAACUUGCAGCGCGAAGGCUUGCAACUUGUCCACAUGCCGACGCUUGUUGAUCAGUUAUGGAACGAAGAAAUGGAUCCAAUGAAACGUCGUCCAGAGUUUUCCAGAAUUGUGGCUAAUUUACACAAGAUGGACUACACAGGAGUGACCUGGCGUGAGAAAGUAUGGGCAGUUCGCAAUGAGUUGCGAUCGAUGGCUGCGGACGCGAUGGUAGUGACCGCUUUAGACGAGGUGGCAUGGCUUCUUAACAUUCGUGGGAGGGACAACCCCUAUGCACCACUUCUGAAGGCAUUUGUUAUCAUCAGUAGCAAAGAUGUCCGCGUGUAUGCACCGCCGGGAAAACUUUCCAUGCCUGUUCGAGAAAUUCUUGCUGUUUACAACUGUUAUACGAAUUCCAAUAACUGCACAAGAGUGAAUGAAUACACGACCAUAUACUCGGAUUUACGACGAGCCACCGAAUCGAAAAUCCUAAUACCAACUGCAGGGACUUUCCAAAGAGGUGCAUCAGCGGCGAUUGCUCAGAGUGUUUCACAAUCAAAAAGAUUAUUCCAGCCAUCUCCGAUUAUUUACCUGAAAGCACAGAAAAAUCAAGCAGAAAUAAAAGGAAUGCGCAAGGCACAUCUACGUGAUGCAGUCGCCAUGUGUACGGUCAUGUGUUACAUGGAAACUAUGGGAAAGUCAAGCUUGUAUGAGAAAACGGUAGCAAUGAAAGUUGACUUGACUCGCGCUACUCAGGCCGGUUACGUCAGUCUGUCCAUGCAGACACGGGUCGCGUUCGGCCCCAACGGCGCUGAACCUGAGUACAAAGCUACCAACGACACUAAUCGGCGGAUAUUCACUAACUCCACGCUGGUGAUACAGUCUGGUGGACAAUACGAUGAGGGUACAACUACAGUUACUCGAACACUACACUAUGGUACACCCUCGCGAGAAGAGCGUAAAGCGUACACUAGCGUACUUCGGUCGCUUGCCGCAUUUGGCACGCUGCUGACACCUGCGACUCUGCCCGCUGCGCACACAGACCCGGUAGUGAGGGCGCCACUCUGGAGUUUCAAGCAGGAUUACAUUCCUCCAACUGGACAUGGUGUGGGAGCUGCUUUAAAUCGACGAGAAGAUCCCGUUGUCAUAGAUUACAGGCAAGAUACUAAUCUCCAUACAUUUAGAGAAGGAUACUUUAUUACCAUUGAACCAGCGUGGUAUGAAAAUAGGAAAUUUGGAGUGAAAUUAGGAAAUGUUCUUGAAGUUAUACCUCGCCCUAAUAACUAUCUGGGCUUCCGAGAGGCAACCCUUAUACCGUUUGAACCUAAGUUAAUUGAUAAGAACCUCCUUACUGAAUACGAGAUUAACUGGUUAAACGCAUACAACGAUCGGAUACGACAAACAGUUGGUCCUGAACUGAACAUCCAAGGUUUAACCGAUGUUUACUACUGGAUGAUGAACAAAACUAUCAAAAUAGAGUCACCAAGGGUCAAGAAGAAUAAUCCCAACUCCGCUGUGUCUUAUAAAAGUUUACAAAUAACUGCUUUAAUAAUAACCUUCAACUGUGUUCUGAAUAACUAUUAAAAUAAAAACUGGCUUUAUCAUCUAGCAACAUAGCAUA